AUGAAUGCUCAACGUGAAAUAACGAAUACGAAAGAACGAGAGCAAAUAAAACAAAAUCAGGAACAAUCAGAAAAAAAUCUUCAAAACGUCUUCGGUCAAUUAGAAAAUUUGCGCCCUCAACUUGCCAACGAAGAAAAUAUAAGUAAAACAUUAACCCUAGAAAAAGACGAACUAGAAAAAUAUCAACAGGAGUUAAGAAAAAGAAUUCUUAAUCCAUUAGAUAGAGUAGAUGAAAUUAAAAUAAAAGAUUUUUAUAAAGAAUUAGAAAAAUAUGGCAAAGACAUUAAUGAAAAAAUCAAAAACAAGGAAAAAAUUGAUCGACAAAUCAAAGCGUUACAAGAAACUAUUUAUUUUAAUGAGGCAAAACGAGAAAAAUUAGAAAAAGAAAUUGAAAAUUUUGAAAAAAUAUUAGCACCGAACGGUAAUAGAGAUAAGCGACGUGCUGUUCUUGUUAUAUGCGAACAGAUUGCUAGUCUAGAAAAGAUCGCUGCCAAAGUUAGAAAAGAAUUUCAUACCAAAGAAAAUAACAUCUAUACUUAUGAUCGUGCCUAUAAAAAAUUCGAAAAAAAUGAAUUAAAUCCUGGCGAUAUUAUUAUUGCAACUAAUAUUUCAGGUCGAGGUACGGAUUUAGGUAUUAAUGAAUUAGUUGAAGUUAAUGGUGGAUAA